AGUCUGUCGCCGGCCGCCCGUCGCUCCGGUCACAGCAAUUAUUUUGAGAACAGCAUCUCUUCGCUAGAUAGACUACCGCGCCUAUCCAUACCAGUAGCAGCAGCAGUAAAUAUAUAGAGGCGUUGUAGAGGAGCUGAAAGCAAUCAGUGCACUUGUGCUCGUCAGCCAGAGAAGACGUCGUCUACCAACUGGCGGGAUUCAAGUGAUCCCACGGAAAGCUAAACAUUACAGUAUUUUUUAAAUAUCUUAUUUAGUCGGGCAAUAACUACGCUAAUUGCCUCUCACUAUCAGUGUGCUAUCAAACAAAGUGAAAUACAAAAAUAGCGCGACAUGAGAAAAGAUGAAAUCCUCCUGUGCCACCGACUGAAUUGAAUUUGUUUCAAGAGAGCGGGAAUUUGAUUCCCGGAUUCAAUUUGGCAAUUGUUUAGUUAUUUUGGGCGAUCGAAUGAAUUUGAAUGAUGGCAACCGCAUUCAGUACCGAUUAGUUUCGUUGGUAUCCAAACAGAAAUCCGAGUGAGUUGCUACCGAAUGACAGUUUGAUGUCAGUGAGACUGUAAACACCUGAUGACAAUCAGGUAGAACCAUUUCAGAGUUAAACUAUACUCGGUGUUAUUUAUUGCCGGCCAUGCGCCGACAUUCUUGCCAAACAAGUUAUUCGAAAUCUCUUUGAUUACGCGCCACAGCGACGAAAUCAGGGCGGGAAAGAUGAAUUACGUCAUCUGGUCUUUCUUGGUGAUCCUCCUGAAAGUAACAGGUGGGGCGUCGUCGAUUCGUCACCAGCGCAGUUCCGCUGGAUCUGUGAUGCUCGCCGAUGGAAGCGCAUCACCCUAUUCAGCCGUGACGACGGCUGUUCCACAGUUUUCGGAAUCCAUCCGGAACGUGACGGUCCCGCUGGGCCGCGAGGCCGUCCUAUCCUGUGUCAUCAACAAUCUAGCAGAGUACAAAGUUGGAUGGCUGAGGGCGGACGACCAGACAAUUUUGAGUCUUCACCGCCGUGUCGUGACGCACAAUCCGCGUGUUUCGGUAACUCACGACGAGUCACGCACCUGGAACCUCCACAUUCGCCAAGUCAAGGAAUCCGAUCAAGGAUGUUACAUGUGUCAGAUCAACACGGCGAUAAUGAAGAAGCAACUUGGCUGCAUCCAAGUCCAAGUGCCUCCGGAUAUUGUGGACGACCGGAGUACGAGCGACGUCACCGUCAACGAAGGCGACAACGUGACGCUGACGUGCACAGCCACCGGCAAACCGGCCCCGAGGAUCGUCUGGCGUCGUGAGGACGGCCAAAAGAUCGUCGUCUAUCGCCCGACGGCCACAGCGUCCGCACCGGGAUCCAACCACAACAAUCUCCAUGGAACGAAAUCUUCUUCCAGCAGCGGCGGCGUCUCCAAUGCAACGACAACAUCAACAACAUCCGACGUUGUUGCCGUCACCGCAACGGGAACUCACCACCCGCAUCAGUACCACCAAGGAAUUGCGUCGACGACGACCCGCGAGAGAUCGAAAGAAGUCGAGGCGUAUCAUGGCGAGACUCUGCGCCUCUACCGGGUCACCCGCCAAAUGAUGGCCGCCUACAUGUGCAUCGCCUCCAACGACGUCCCUCCCGCCGUCAGCAAACGAGUUCCUCUCAACGUCAACUUUCCGCCAUUGGUGACGUCUUCGAUGAACGUGGUGGGUGCGCUGCUGGGCACCGACGUCCGGUUGACUUGCAACGUCGAGUCUCAUCCGCCCAGCAUCAACUACUGGAUGAAGGGAAGACAACAAGACCAACACAACACUAUCCUGCCCAGCGCCAAGUACAGCAUCGACGGUGAACGGGGCGGAUCGACGAGCUACAAGACGAGCAUGUCACUGACCAUCCACAACUUCCAGUCCCAAGACAAGAGCGCUUACAUUUGCGUGGCCGCCAAUUCAUUGGGCACCGCCGAGGCUUCAAUUCAAAUCUACGAAGUUGCCAGAGCAACAACCGUACCAACACCGACCGUUCGUCCGGCAACUUCUACCAAGAGCAACAAAGAGGAGUACGUUAUCGAAAAUGACGACGAAGACGACGACGACGACGACGAAGAAGAAAAUGAAGAUGGACACCAAUCGCCUAAAGGUCGGUCGGGUAAAGACAGAAGCAAAGACAAGAGCCAAACUAUUAACGCUGGGAAGAAGAAACAUUCACGUCAUCAGAAACAUGAGACGUCAUCGUCGUCCAUGUCCGUACCACCCAGCGAACAGCAACGAGAGCGAAAACAAGAGCAACGAGAUGAGACGGCCAAUCAGAUCAGACGCGGUGGUGUUUCCUCUGGUUUUUCCCUCAUGAAAUUCCAGUCAUUCAUUCAUUACUGGAUCAUAAUUUUUCCAUUCAUUCUAUAUCCCAUGGUUUUCUCGUAAGACGAAAUUAAAUAUCUUGCGAAACAUUCGGUUGUAUGAAACAUUGUAUCCAAUCUGAAACCUGAGGCAACAAAUUAUUAAUGCAGAGAAAAUAUUUGAAACCUCAAGUUCCGAUGUGAUGGAAAUUGUAAACGCGUGCAGGUCCAUGAGCUCUAGAAAAGCAACUGAAUUUGAGAUUCUUGAAUUUCCUCCUUCAGCUGUAAUGCUUCAUUGAUCUACACCACUGGUACACAUUUUACUUCAUGAUAAAGAAUUUAUUAUUAGUCCGUGCUGAUUCGUCUUGAAGGACGAGUCUGAUUAUUAUUUGAAAACUGAUGCGCUAUUCAAUCACUAGCACAGCUACAACCCCACAUGAUAUCCUGAAAAUUAUUUGUAUAUUUAUUUCAUUUUCAAAUUAAAUUUGUCAUUAUUUGUGUUUCCAUAAUUUUCUCUAUAAAUACUAUGUGGUAAUCUUUCGCUUGGUGUCGCGGGGAAUGUUAAAUAAACCAACUUGAAAAGCGAAA